GGAGAGGGCCGAGAGACUUCUGCCUGAACCUUGGGUCUGGAUUGCUCCUUCUCAAACCUGGUUUCUUAAUUCCACCUUCACUUCUGACCGGGAACCUCUGCAGUUUGAGGAACUUUGCUCCCAUUUUUCACACUGAUUAACCGAGAGUGGAACAUCUGAAGAGAUGCAAGCAAGAAAAAGAAAUUAAACCAGAAAACACUUCAUGGGCACUACACACCGAGCAGCAUGCGAGGUGCUCGAGAGGCGCUCUGAAAGCUCAUCUUCCAAGUAGUUAAGGCCCGAGGAGCGAUGCAACAGGCAUGAUGGAGGUCGAGUCCUCCUACUCGGACUUCAUCUCCUGUGACCGGACGGGCCGUCGGAAUGCCGUCCCUGACAUCCAGGGUGACUCAGAGGCUGUGAGCAUGCGGAAGCUGGCUGCAGACAUGGGCGAGCUGGCACUUGAGGGGGCAGAAGGUCAGGCAGAGGCCAGCACCGCAGACAAGGAGGCCAGCAAGCCACCUGAAAGCAGCGAUGGGACCGCUUCACCUUGAGUCCAGCCUCAUCCAUGGAGGCUGGAGAGAGCCUGCUGUCCCCUAUGGAAAUGAACCCUGGCAUUGGCCCAACCUCUUCUCUGAGCCCAUGUCCCAGGCCAGACAGGCUAGCCUGAGAGGCCCCUCAGAGGCCUCUAUGGCCCCUAUUCUGGACAAGCCCUCUGCCCACACCCCUGGGCUCCAACCUGUCCCCCUCCUUCUCACUGAGCCCAGGCACAUCUGGAGACACUGUACCCAUGGGGUGUUAUUUAUUCAGCUGGUACUGGGCAUGGGCCACAUCCUGCCUACCUGGGAGCAGCCGACAUGGGCACACUUCUUUCAGGGGGGCCUGGACAGGGACCAUAUCCCACCCAGCACCCCUCCUUUCCAACCCUAGCCUUCUCAGUCAAGACCUUCUUAUCCCUUUUUUAAAAAAUACUUUUAAACUUUUUAAAAACUUCAAACCUUUUUUCAGGAGAGAGAAAGGGAGCCGACAAUCAUUGCACAUUUUCUGGAAGCCAUCUUAAGCUCAAUUGACCAUCUGUGCUGCUCUGGGCUUUCCCACACGGAGCUUCGCAGAUCCGGUUUUAGAGAAAUUUGGGCUCAAAACUAAAUGAGCAAUUCUGUGCCCUUUUUACCAAGAUAAGUGACAAUUAGGCCCCAGGAAAUAAAUAAUGAUUUGUGUGACUUGG